GGAGUGAAGGAGUAGUCCUCUGUUAAAUAGAUGCAGUCGCAGCAGACUCCCAUCAGAGCAGCCGUGACGGGGAGGAGGGGGAUGUCUUCAGCAGCGCAGGAGGAGAUGGCCACUACGGUCAUCUACUUCACCAUCAACGGCAGACCAGAGCAGGCAGAGUUCCCUGUUGACUGCCCUGCACCGGACGUCAAAGACCUGUUCCGCUCUGCUGCCGAGGCUGGUCCCCAUGACAUCCUGAAGCUGUACAACCCCAAGGGCAACAUCGUCAACAUCUCCCCCCAGCUGCCCCCCAACACACCCCAGUCCUCCUACAAGCUGGAGGUGGUGGCGGCGGACUGCAACAGCGACCCGUUAGGUACAGAACUUGCUGUGGCACUCGGAUUUGAUCUGUCCUCCAUGGAAAAAAGGUUGCAGAGUCUGGAGAAGAAGAUUCUGAUCGAGGCCGGGGAGACUCCGACUAUUGUGCACGAGAUGAAGAGACAGGUGGAGUCCUUUAGGGAAAAACUUGAGAGCGUUGAGCAUCUCAGCUGGCUGGGCCUGUUUAAAGAGCUGUCUGACGCGACACACAAGCCUUCUCCUUUCUACCACAAGAGGACCCUGCGCAAGACUCGAGAGGAGUGUGAGCACGUGCGAGACAAGUUCCUCAAGAUGAGUACACUGGAGGUUUCUGAGGAGGUGAGGCAGUAUCUGAAGACUCCAACCUUUGAUAACUGGCAGUGGGAGGAUGCAGAGAUCAUGGUGCUGCUCCAGGUAAUGUAUGUGGACCUGGACUUCAUCUCCACCUUCAACAUCGAGCUGGAGGUGCUGCAGCAGUUCCUCUAUGAGGUCUACCGGCGCUACAACAACAUCCCCUUCCACAACUUCAAACACUGCUUCUGCGUCACACAGAUGAUGUAUGGACUGAUAUGGUUGACGGACCUCAGAAGUAAGAUGGAGAGCAUUGACCUUCUGACCUUGCUGACCUCUGCAGUCUGUCACGACCUGGACCACACUGGAUACAACAAUGCCUACCAGAUUAAUGCGCGUACAGAACUCGCUCUGCGUUAUAAUGACAUCUCACCUCUGGAGAACCACCACUGUGCUGUUGCUUUUGAGAUACUGGAGAAGAAUGAAAAUAACAUCUUCCGAAACAUGACAACAGAUCAGUACAAAAGAAUACGAGAAGGCAUCAUCAGGUGUGUCCUGGCCACAGACAUGACCAGACACAAUGAGAUCCUGAACAAGUUCAAGUCCAUCCUGUCCGUGUUUGACUUCGGCAAUAAGGACCACAGAGAAGUGCUGAUGAUGAUCCUGAUAAAAGUGAGUGACAUCUCCAAUGAGGCUCGGCCCAUGGACGUGGCUGAACCCUGGCUGGACUGCCUGCUGCAGGAGUUCUUCAAUCAGAGUGAUAUGGAGAAGCUUGAAGGACUUCCUGUGUCUCCGUUCAUGGACCGGGACAAAGUGACCAAGCCGUCCUCACAGACCGGCUUCAUCCGAUUCGUCCUCCUGCCCCUCUUCAUGGAGCUGGCCAACCUCUUCCCUUGCCUGGAGCAACAUAUCAUCGACCCGGUGCGGAAGGCCUUGGACUACUACACAGAGAUGGAGAAAGCCCUGGAGAGGGAGAACCUAAACCGGGCCCAGAUCGACAAGACAGGGAAGCCCAAAGAGCCGUCCUCAUCCGAUUCAAAGGCACCAGACACACAAACUGAAGCCGGGUCGAGCCUGAAACCCACUGCAGUGUGACCACAGUGGAAGGACUCUGCUCUCCACUGACAGACACCAGGCUAGAUUCACAGAGUCUUGUAUACAGUAUUUCUAUCUGAAAUAGCAUGUGCAAUAAACUAUAAAAUUCUUUCGCUUCAGAAGAAGAGCAGGAAACUAAACAUGUGAAUAAGGAUAUGAGGAAUAGGCUGACAGACUCACUCUACAUUUCUAGUCAUUUACUUUUUAUUUGUUGUUCUGAGAGCCAAUCAGUUUUUUUUACCCACAGUGACACACAGCACAGUGCAGAAACGUUUUCUUUGUAUUUGUACCAGGUCAGAACUUAAUCCACCAUGUUAGCAUGCCUAGAGUCAUGCGUGUGAGCAGAGCCGUAGCACGUCCCAGUGUAGCGAUAUGAUUACAUCUGCAGGGCCAGGUCUACUUUAGAGUCAGCAGGGGUGUCGGGCUGCAUCAAUCGUGUUUGUUCAGCGUCUCCAUUGGUGUGGUGCGAGUUACAAGGAGCCGUGGAGUGGGUGCUGUUUUUACAGCACCGUUUGUGUCAUAAGAGCAACAAAGUAGUAGAUAGAAUUUCAUACAGUGGCACGGAGUGCAGGGUCCUGGGGCCUAGUAAAUUAAUUAUCAUAACUUGCUUUACAAUCAGGAUCAUCCCCACUGAUGAAUAAAAAAAAUCACUGUGAUACUUUGUAGAGAGACUAUUACUUACACGUGCCAUGUUCUGUUAUGCUUGAUAUGUCUUCGCCCCUGUUCAUUAUAUGCUGUGUUUGGUGCAAUAAACGAUCUAUAUGUA